AUGUGGAAGGGGAACAAGCUUGUGGAGAUCAUCCGCAAAAUCGAAGGAAGCAUUAUGAUCGAGUUUAAGCGAAGCGGGAAUAACACAACCGCUUCGAAUCGAAUUCCCCUCUAUGUGGGUGAAUUCGUUUAUGAUGAAUCGAAAGAAUCGUUUCUUCGAAAUGGUCGAGGAUACUGGAUCGAUGAAGAAACUCGGAUUGCUACUCGCGAAGUGGAAUGGAAAGAUGGAGUGGAAGUGAGUGGAAGAGAUCUCUAUGAUGGAUGGUACACUCGAUCCACAACUCCAAAACCCAAACCCAAACCCAAACCCGCUCCGAUGCUUGUGCCUGCUCCUGCUCCUGCUCCUGCUCCAAAACGCGAAGAACCUGCUCCUCUUCGAUUCAGCGUCACUGGAUCUACAAAAUGGACCGAUGUGAGUUUGCAAGUGACCGAUUUGAAGAUUUCAUCGAAUUGCUGUAACGAUUUGAAUGCAUUGGAUCUGAAUCGAUUCGAGUGGCUACGAUCUAUCGAAAUCGGCGAUGAAUGUUUUGGAUCAGUGAAAACAUUCCAAAUCGAUGGAUUGAAUCGAUUGAAAACUAUCAAAAUCGGAAGCAAUUCAUUUACUCAGAAAAAGAAUGAUGAUGGAGAUGAUAAAUUGAAAUCAUUCCACAUAUUGAAUUGUGAAUCAUUAGAAUCCAUUCAAAUUGGUGAAUAUAGUUUCAGUGAUUUUGGAGGCGACUUUGAAUUGAAGAAUCUACCACAAUUACAAUCCAUUCAAAUUGGUACAUUUGGAAGUCAAUCAUGCAAUUUCUGGUGUAGUUCAUUUGUGGUUCGAGAUCUUCCAAAUCUACAAUCCAUUACAUUAGGUAAUGAGGCAUUCCGUGAAUCCUUAUCAACAAUAAUGGAAAAUCUUCCAUCAUUACAAUCCAUUCAACUCGGUUAUGGUACACUUAAAGGAAGAUGGGAUGAUUCAAGUUCAUUGAUAAUGCGAAAUCUUCCAAAUCUAACAUCAAUAACAUCUGCGGGAGAUAGUUUCUAUUAUCCUCGUGUGUGACAUUGGCUAAAAUAUUCCAAAUCUUCAAAAUGUCAAGCUACCUUAUACAUUCCAGAGAGUUCGAUCGAAAUCAAUUUCGAAUGUUUCUUCCAUUCUCGCUGAUCUUGUCCACUAAAUCAAGCAUUAAAUCUAUAAUUUUGAUUUGAUUUGAAUUGUUCAGUGAUUCGUCAUUGUUUAGGAACAUUUCCAUUGAUUGAU